CGUGUUUUUGGGACUCCAAAGAUGAAGGUCACCCGAGUUAUAUCUUUUCUWUGUUUUGUUGCUGUUUGGUCAUUCCACAAUACGUACGCAGCAUGGGAACGGRAUGACUACCUUUCCGCAUUUUCAACACUUUCUGGCUUGGUCUUCAGCGUCAAUUCUAUGCUUGAUGGUUUGAAACAUGCGGCAGUUACACUUUCAUUGUCUAACAGUGCUGACUUUAAUCUAAUCAACCCCAAAUGGUACACCCUCAAGGAUACAACAAUGGACACACCACCACCAAGCACUCUUAYGAAAGACGGAACUAUGGUAACUACUUUUAGAGGUCCAUUGCUUGGCGUCACUACAAGCAUUUUGCAAGGUUCGAGAGCGUUUUUAACGUAUGAAAUUCAAGGUAAAAACAAGUGGAUCGUCUUUGCGUGGAACUACGCAACGCAGACAAAGAACUUCAUCGUUAAGAUUGUCGACAAAGAUCCAUUCCCAAGUAGCGGGUUCGAGAGUACAUGGAAAGCGCUCCUUGGAAAUCCUCAAAAAGCUGGUGAUUAUGGAACCUGGAUACGAGACACCUAUUCAAUUUCGAAUGWAAAAUACGAAGUUGUGUAUUCAAUGGGAGCUGGCUCUAUCACUCCUUUUCAAGUUUUCCUUGCUAAGAAAACAUAGUUUGAAGCAUAUUUUGCUCAUUCAMUGACUGGUGAAAAUSUAGUAUGCAUUUCAAAAUUGACGGCGAAAAUAAUAAAAGUGCACUAAACGUGA